UUUUUUUGGGGGGGGGGACAUAGGCCAUUCGAUCAAAAACACAAAUGAAAAUCCUCGCGUUGUCAUGGAGCAAAGCCAGGCGUCAGGUGGCUGAAGCUUUUACUCGGAAAGGGCCAAAGCGGAAGUCGGCGUUGGCCGUUGCUGCCAUUCAAAAUGUACCCCGUCGCGUCGCCUUCAGCCCCGAAAGCGUUUAUCGAUAAACUGUCGUCGUUGCCCAAUCGACCAAAACAAAACAUGAGGGUCGCUACCGCGGCCGGUAGGCGGCUCGCUCGCGGUUCCGUCCAGCUCGAGAUCAGAUGGACUCUUGGUCGUCGGCAAGGCGGAAGACGCAGCUCGACUGGCGCCCGAGCCCAGAUGCUACACGGCUAACCGCGAACUCGGUAGCCGAGGACGCUCGCCACCGGCCGCUUAAAAACACGCGCGUACGCACUCUGCGAGCAAACUGCAAGCCUCUCGAGCUCGCCGCGGGACAAGCGUGCCGGAUCGCAAACCCAAUUUGCUUGAGACCAACGCGACCGGAAGCGGAUUUGACUCGGCUCGAUUUGUUGGGGUCGCCUCCACUCCGCUUCCGGUGCGUCCAAAAGGAAGUUCGCCCAAGAAGCUUGUUUGUUUGAGCCUCGGAAGGCGGACCGGCAGCGGUGGAACCCUGACCCGAGCCCCGCCCACGGACGUGAAGAUGCCACAGCGAGGCGCCCACAACUGAAGCCGCCCUUUUUCGGCCACAAGUUGUCAUGGCGAGCCGCAGGAAGUCCAGCACUCCGUGUAUGCUUCCGCCGCCGCCGUCGGGAGGGGACGCGGGGGAUGCGGACCGGGCCGAGGACCGGGGCGUCGCCGAGCCGUCUUCGAAAAGCUACGAGUGCAAGUACUGCAGCUUCGGCGCGCAAACGCUCAAGUUGUUCGCGGGGCACGUGGACUCGGGGCACGCCGACGGGGUCACUGACGCGUUGGACGUCUGCGUGGCGUGCCACCGCCGCACCAGGAGCGACGACGCGCUCGCGACACGCGACCUGCGGCAUCAGCCGGGCCAGGGCAAGUCGACGCACGCGGCGGCGGGACACAGCGACCAGACGGGCGACCGGCGGACCUUCGACGACUCGGCCCCGGAGGGCCGCCCGCUCGAGACGCAGGACGACGCGCGGCCCGAGGACGGCGGCAGGCGGCACGACGACGCAUGCUGUCAAGGGAUCGCCCUCAGCAAGACGCCCAUCAUGAGAAGCCGGGCGGAACCCAAGAAGUUCACCGCCUCGCGCAGAACGGCCGCAGAAGACGUCAUCAAGGUGGAGAGCGAGGACGAGACGGACGAGGACAACGCUGCGCCCGCCUUCUCGGCCGCCGCCGCCCCUCCGCCACUCCCCGUACCUGCGCCGCUGCAACUCCUGACGGGGCUGCCGCAGAGUUUGGUGCUCAACUGCCCCGACGCGCUGCACGUCCAAGGCGGUGGGGGCGGCGCCCUGCCGGCCGGGACCUUGGCCCAGGUCCUGUCUGUGUUGCAGAAGCAGAAUCAGAACCAGCUCCUCAUCCCCAUCAGCAGCAUCCCGGCCUACCACGCCGCCAUGGACAACAACGUCCUCCUGCUGGGGGCAUACAACAGGUUUCCCUACCCGUCGCCAUCGGAGAUUGCGGCACUGGCGUCGCAGACCAAGUUCAGCGAGGAGAACGUCAAAGUGUGGUUCUCCGCCCAGCGGCUGAAACACGGCGUCAGCUGGACCCCCGAAGAGGUGGAGGAGGAACGCAAGAAGACGUCCAACGGCGCCGUCCAGACGCUCCAUCCGAGCGUCCCUCACGCCAUCGCCGUCAUCCCUGCCGGCGUGGCCGCCAACGGCCUGCGGUCCAUCUUCCAGACGUGUCAGAUCGUGGGCCCGCCGGGCCUGGUCCUGGCGCAGGUGGGCGGCCGGGCGGACGUCAAUCUUCCCGCGGCGGCCCCCGUCGCGCUCACCGUCGCCGGCGUCCCCGCGCCCCGAUCCAAAGCCCCGGAAGCCCCGGAAGCCGCGGCCGAGCCCCCCGCGGAGAGGGCGUCUUCGUCCGCCGCGUCGGACUCUGCCUCCAAAACCAAAAAGUCCAAAGAGCAGCUGGCCGAGCUGAAGGCCAGCUACGGCCGGCGGCGGUUCGCCACAGACGUCGAGAUUUCCCGCCUCAUGCAGGUCACCGGGCUGUCCAAGCGCGCCAUCAAGAAAUGGUUCAGCGACACGCGCUACAACCAGAGGAACUCCAGGGACCUGCAACACGGUAGCGGCGCGGUCGGCGUCCAGGCCGGCCGGAACGACGACAAAGACAGCGCCGCCCCCGCCAUUGUCAUCGACUCCAGCGACGACGCGGGGGACUUCGCCGCCUCCGGCAACCGGGGCUCGCCCCGCCUCCCCAGGGAGCGUCGUGCCAAAUUGCGCCACGCCUUCCCGGACUUCACGCCUCAGAAGUUUAAGGAGAAAACGUCCGGGCAGCUCCUCAUCCUGGAGUCCAGCUUCCGCAAAUGCGACACGCCCUCCGACGACGAGCUGAUGCGCCUGCGGACACAGACCAAGCUGACGCGGCGCGAAGUGGACGCGUGGUUCAGCGACAGGCGUAAAGGGGUCGUUCCCAAGGGGGGAGGAGGAGGGGAGGCCGCGCCCCCCGCCUCCCCGCCGCCUGUGGGACGCAGGGUCCUGAAGAAAACUCCGGCGCAGCUCGAGAUCCUGAAGAAAGCCUUUGUGCGCUCGCGUUGGCCUACGGCCCAAGAGUACGACGAGAUGGCGCGGGACUGCGGCCUGCCUCGUAACUACGUGGUCAACUGGUUCGGGGACACGCGCUACGCCGCCAAGAACAGCAACCUCAAGUGGUUUGAUCUCUACCACGGAGGCAAGGUGGACGAGACCUCGCCGGAUGGAGCCGCCGGGAUGCCCAAGAAGUCCAGGAAGCGUUUUCGGGGUUGGUCGAGGAGGACGCGGCGGGCGUACGUCGGAAAACAGGACGUGCGUGCGCCUGGCAAGGCGAAGAACGGCAAGGCGUUCCUCAGGGCCUACUUUCUCCAGCAGCGGGUUCUGAGCGAGGACCACCUGGGCGACUUGGCGGCCAAGUCGGACAUGAGCGAGCAGCAAAUCAGGGAGUGGUUCUCCGAGGUGGGACGCCGGGCGGCGGAGGGGAGGGAGCCCUUCGGUGACCGCGACCAGGAAGCGGAACGGCAAGAGCAGCGAGCGGAAGAGCGAGGAGACGGGGAGGAGGCCGAGGAGGGUCAAGGGCGCCCGGAGGACGACGUCUUCCAACAAGCGUCUCCUGGCGGGAACCGAUCCGGGUGUCCGACGUGAGCAAGCAAUUUCUUUGCCGCUCGUCGGAUCACGUCCGUUCAAACGGCACUUUCUUUGGAGAGGGUGCGCCGCUCCGGGUGGCGCCUCGGGCCGGGCGGGAACUCAAGAUCAGUAUUGCAAAAAGAUGAGCUUCUGCAUCCCGAGACGAUCGGACGCCUCGGGGUGAUGCACAAGUAUUAAGACUCGCUGGCUCCACCAAGUGGCACCCCGAAGGCUCACGCAAGACUAUUCGUGGGCAACGCUGCCACUGGACUUUCAACAACUCAACCAUGACUGCAAAUCGGCAUUUUCGCUGCACCGCCGCGGGACCAAAGACGGCAACGACAUCGCGCGUGACCGCCAACCGACACAGCAACAGUGGACGGUCCUUGGAAAUGUGAUGGAUUUUUUUUUUUUUUACUCUUCAAAACCACAGGUGCUGGUUUUGAAGAGUAAUAAAAGUCCAAUUCUCGACAUUCCCCAAUCUGAAAAUACUUGUGGCGCCAUCUACUUUUCAGCCCAAUGGCCCAGCCCAAGUGGCCGCUUCUUACCUGUGUGGCGCUUUUCCUCCCUCGUAGGCACAGACCCAACGGCGUUCCUGCGUCCGCACUCCUUUGGAAAAACCUGAUAAAAAUCAAGAAUGUCAGGGAAAACAUGAUUUCCAGGAUAGGAAGGCUGGCGGCCACGACCCUUUUCCAGCAUAAGAGAGGAAAAAAAAAAAAACACUCUCGCCAAAGCCUGCCAGCUUUUCAUUUUUUUUUCACUUCCCGUUUACUAAAGCCUUUCUCAGCACA